AUAAGUAUUUGGCCGCUCUCAAACUGACCUUGCGGAGUCGGCGUUCUUCCGUUCGUGACGUGCUUGCCACCGUUAUCUGAAACGCUUCUCUCGAUAUCAGUCUGCAGAAAGAGGGCGAACUUUCUAUCUGGGACAGGUGACAUGGAACUUGCAAGUCGCCACUAGCACAUGAGGAGCAGGAUCACGGGUAUUUGCAUUACGAAGACCCGUGUCCCUAAGCUAUUGACGCGGCGGAUAUGCGUCUUGCUGCAGUCACUGCCACACGCCUCGUGGCACUAUGCCUAUGUGUUGCCAAGGCAACAAGCACGUGCGGCAAGGUCUGCACGUCAUGCGUGCCAUGCAGAAGCUCGUGCGGCCCUGACGAGGUGCCUAGCCCAGCAGGGGUACGACAACAGGACAACUUUUGCAAGUGGAAGUUGACGAGCCCGAGCGAGUUGAACAAGCUGAGAGACUGCGUAUGCAAGCCGGGAUACAUUCGCAACGCCUGGGGAAGAUGCAUACGCAAGGAAGACUGCUACAGCUGCCGCCACCAAGCAAACAUGGAUUUCAACUACUGCUCGUCAUCCUGCCCAAAGACCUGCGGAGUGCUUGAGCACAAAGACUGCAGCGUACUAUGCGUUAGAGGCUGCGCCUGUGCACCGGGAUACAGCAGGCUCUCUCCAGGCGGACCAUGCGUACGUCCCGAUCAAUGCCCCAUCGGUCCUCCGGCGCCCGCUCCUACUUGUCCCGGUCCGCAUCAAAUCUACACAGCCUGUCCAUCACCGUGUCCUAUUACGUGCGCUAACCUCCACAACCCGCCCACGGCAUGUCCCGCAAUAUGCGGUGACCGUCACUGCGUUUGCAAACCUGGAUAUCUCGCUGCGCAGGAAAAUCCCCUAAGGUGCGUACCCAAUGACGAGUGCCCUGGUCGAGAACCGGCAAGAUGUCCGGGCCUUCACCAGAAGUACACAACUUGUAAACCGCGCUGUCCAGCUACUUGUGCCAUCAACGUCACCCGCAUCUGCCCUGCCGUGUGCGCGGGCAAAGGCUGCGUCUGCAGACAAGGUUACGUCAUCCUGAGAGAAAAUCCCUUGACAUGCGUGCGUCGCCAGGACUGUCCUGUGAUGCCGAAGAUGUGCACUGGUCCCGGUCAAAUGUUCACGACCUGCAAAUCGCGCUGCCCUCCCACGUGCUGGGACAACGAGCCUCGAAUAUGCACCGCCGAUUGCGCCGGCCAGGGAUGCGCCUGCAGGCCAGGAUUCGUGCAGUUGCAAGCCAAGCCCCUAGUCUGCGUCCGACGCGGCAAAUGUCCAGCUCCACCGAUGCCGUGUUUCGGCGCGAACCAGGUUUAUACGCGAUGUAUCUCGCCCUGCCCUGCGACUUGCUUGGACUUUGGCGUUCCUCGUUUCUGCGGUACUAAGUGCGCCGGCGAAGGAUGCGUUUGCAAGGAAGGAUUCGUUAUGUUGAAGAAAGCGCCUCUCGAAUGCGUACGUCCCGACAAAUGCACGCCUGCGCCGGAAAAAUGUGCAGGCAGAAAUCAGGUAUACUCCCAAUGCAAAUCUCGGUGUCCAGAAACAUGCGCAGAGCCUGGCCCUCGCACAUGUACUAAGGAAUGUGCAGGCGUUGGAUGUGUCUGCAAGCCAGGUUUCGUACAGUUAUACGAGCACCCGCUUUUAUGCGUCCCUCGCGAGCAGUGUCCAGUGAAGCCAGAGCUGUGCUUAGGGGAGAACCAAGUCUACACACCUUGCAAAUCGAGCUGCCCAGAAACUUGCGAAGACCGCGGUGUUGGUUCACGUGUGUGUACCGCCAAUUGCGCCGGUCAAGGAUGCGUCUGCAAGAAAGGUUACGUCGAGUUAAACGCUAACCCAUUGACCUGCGUCCUGCGCGAGCAAUGCCCGCCUAAGCCAAAACAAUGUCUAGGAGCCAACCAAGUGUACACGAAUUGCAAGUCGCGCUGCCCUCAAACAUGCGCGGACAGUGGACCAAAAGCGUGCACCCUUGACUGUGCGGGUGACGGAUGUAUCUGCAUGGAAGGCUACGUUCAACUACAGGAGAAUCCACUAAUAUGUGUUCGCCGUGAACAGUGUCCAGCCAGACCACCGCAGUGCCCAGGCGCUAAUCAGGUGUUCACGACAUGCAAGUCGCGUUGCCCUGCCACUUGCAUCGACAAUGGUCCUCGUGUGUGCACGGCUGACUGCGCGGGACAAGGGUGCGUCUGUCAAGAAGGGUAUUUCCAACUUCAAGCGAACCCGCUCAUCUGCGUUAGUCUGGAAAUAUGCGAAUCCAUGGCAGAUCAGUGGUGUCCUGGGGAGAAUCAAACUUACACUUCCUGCAAACCCAGCUGCACCACCACGUGCUCGAAUCUUGAACCCGGCAAGUGUACUAAGAAGUGUGCAGGUAGCGGAUGCGUCUGCAAAAACGGGUUUGUACAAAUGCGAGCUGACCCAUUGGUUUGUGUACGGCGGGAGGACUGCCAACUAACCCCGGGACACUGUCCGGGAGCGAACCAAGAGUACUCGUCUUGUAAAACGAGGUGUCCCUUAACCUGUUCAGACUAUAGUCCUCGUCCAUGUACCCUUGAUUGCGCUGGCCAAGGGUGCGUCUGCAAACAGGGAUUUGUUGAGUUGCAAAAGAAUCCGCUAAUUUGCGUGCGCCGCGAUCAGUGCCCUGCGGAGCCACAACAGUGUCCGGGUCCAAAUCAGAUGUUUACCACGUGCAAAUCUCGAUGUCCCGAAAGGUGCUCAGAUAAGGGUCCUCGCCCUUGCACUCUUGACUGCGCCGGACAAGGGUGCGUUUGUACGCAAGGCUACGUGCAGCUGAAAGACGAACCACUCGUCUGUGUUCGCCGGGACGAGUGCCCUGGGCCUCCAAAAGAGUGCAAGCGUGCCAACCAAGAAUACACGGGUUGCAGGCCGAGUUGCCCAGCCACUUGCUCCCGUGGUCAAAGCCGAACCAUCUGCAGCACGGAGUGCAAAGGUGAAGGAUGCACAUGCAAGAAGGGUUUCUUGCAGCUGCAAAAGAGGCCGCUGGUAUGCGUCACAGAAGAAAUCUGUGACUUCAUUUUGCAGCUGCGGUGCCCAGGUGUACACCAGGUGUACACGCCUUGCAAAUCGCUUUGCCCUAAGACAUGCGAGGACGAUGAAACUCCCCGGUGCGCUGAUGAAUGCGGAGGCCAUGGAUGUGUGUGCGAAAAAGGCUAUGUCCAAUUACAGGCGGAACCGCUGAUCUGCGUCCGCAGGAAGGAUUGUCCAGCCCGACCAAGACAGUGCAAGCGACCAAAUCAGGUGUAUACACCUUGCAGAUCCUAUUGCCCUAUGACGUGUUCCAACUAAAUUACAACAGGUUUGCACUGCUGACUGCGCAGGUGAUGGAUGCGUUUGCAAGGCAGGUUAUUUCCAGCUCCAAAGAAAGCCGCUUAUUUGCGUUAGUGAAUCAACCUGCGAUAGU